GGUCUGGGGGUUAUUGAAGUGGUAGAGGGGAGUCACUGGGAGUCAGUAAGAGGCGGCUGGGAGAGAGGAAGGGAAACUGGGGGUGGAAAUCUGAAAGGGUUAGUGAGGAGGUCAGGGAUCGGUGAGGAGGAGGCAAUCAGUGAGGGUUAUUGGAGGAGAAGGGGAUCGAUGAGGGGAGGGUUCAGAACAGAAGACGAGAUAGGUAGAGAGGGUUUAGGGACAGAGAGGGGGCUCAGUGAGGGAGAAGGGGUGAGAGGGCCAUCUCAUCAAGGGGCUGUAGAGUGAGGGACUGGUAAAGGGUGAAAGGUGUGGGGAAAGAGCAGUGAGCGAGGACGGCCCACGAUUGAGAGGUCACUGAGAUCACGUGUUGUGACUAAUGGGGAGGAAUUAGAGAGGAGGGACACUGGAGAAGGAAGGAUCUAGUGAGAGGCAGGGUCAGUGAGGGGAUGGUCUAGUCAGGAGCAGGACCAGUUGAGGAAGGGCAAGCAAGGUGAUAGGAGUGGAGUGCAGUCAUGUCGUUGCUCCUGCCCUUUGACAGCCUGGUCUGUACCCUGCUGGGCAUCUCGCUGACAGUCUGGAUCACUCUCCUGCUGGUCUUCAUCAUUGUUCCCGCUAUCUUUGGCGUGUCCUUUGGCAUCCGUAAGCUCUACAUGAAAACCCUGCUGAUAAUCUUCGAGUGGGCCACGCUGCGAAUAGAAAGGGGAGCCCGUGAGAGGAAACAGCUGAUCUACAAAACAAACUCGAAUGGUAUCAUCAUGAAGGAGCCCACUUCCCUGGAGGAGGAGAUCAAGCAGAUAAGGCAGAAUGGAGACGGCACAGCCCCGGACAGCCGGGAGUUUGAAAUGUCUGAUAUCUUCUACUUCUGCAGGAAGGGGGUCGAGACCAUCGUGGACGAUGAAGUGACAAAGCGAUUCUCGGCCGAGGAGUUGGAAUCUUGGAAUUUAAUGACGAGGACGAAUAACAAUUUUCAUUACAUCAGCCUUCGCCUGACCAUCCUCUGGGGGCUGGGUGUCUUUGUGCGGUACUGUUUUCUCCUCCCACUGAGGGUUACCCUGGCGAUUACUGGUAUCAGCUUGUUGGUGAUUGGAACGACCGUGGUGGGAUAUUUGCCAAAUGGCUGGUUGAAAGACUUUCUCAGCAAGCACGUACACUUGAUGUGCUACAGGAUUUGUGUGCGGGCACUGACAGCUAUUAUAUGCUACCACGACAGUGAAAACAGGCCGAAAAACGGAGGCAUAUGUGUAGCGAACCACACCUCCCCAAUUGACGUCAUCAUCCUGGCAAGCGAUGGUUUCUAUGCGAUGGUUGGCCAGAUUCACGGAGGGCUGAUGGGAGUCAUUCAGAGAGCCAUGGUCAAAGCUUGUCCUCAUAUCUGGUUUGAGAGGUCGGAGGUCAGAGAUCGCAACCUCGUUGCGCGAAGGCUGAGCGAACACGUGAGAGACCAGGCGAAGCUCCCGAUCCUGAUUUUCCCAGAAGGAACGUGUAUCAAUAACACCUCUGUGAUGAUGUUUAAGAAGGGGAGCUUUGAAAUUGGAGCCACUGUUUACCCUGUGGCCAUCAAGUAUGAUCCUCGGUUUGGAGAAGCAUUUUGGAACAGCAGCAAGUACGGGAUGGUGAAUUACCUGCUCAGGAUGAUGACAAGCUGGGCCAUUGUCUGCAGUGUGUGGUAUCUGCCACCGAUGACCCGUGAGGAAGAUGAAGAUGCGGUGCAGUUUGCGAACCGUGUGAAAGCUGCAAUCGCCCGACAAGGUGGUCUUGUUGAUUUAUUAUGGGACGGAGGCUUGAAGAGGCAGAAGGUCAAGGACACCUACAAAGAGGAGCAGCAGAAACUCUACAGUAAGAUGAUAGUGGGCAACCACAAGGACAGAAGCCGAUCAUGAACUCUACUUGUGGGGCUCGGCAUUGCACGCCAGGAGUAAUACGUAGAAGGACGCAGCUUCAGUUGUGUUUCUGGCCUGUCGUGAACUGAAGGGCACCGGUUUGUCCCAACUAGCUUUUAUUUUUCUUCUCUCUCGCCAAUGAAUACUAAAAAGCCGGCCACACGGGAGAGAAAUCUGCCAAGGCUCUGACCAGCUGCAAACUGAGAUGGUUGAGGGGAACCCGGCAAAUGUGCCUGGUGUUGUGCUGGAGUGGGUCAAUGAAAAGGAGAUGGGAGCGAUCGCAAGGAAAUGGUGCAGCUGGUGUGGGAAAUUCCAAGCCUCUUUCCAGACCCAGAGGAGCCACUUAGCCAUAGUCUGUGUAUGUUAGCUCAUUGGAUCUGUCGCAUUUGAUUUGGGCAGUGGGGCUCAAACUGUGUAAAGAGGCUGACGCACAAAACCUUAGGAACUCAGAAGAGGGCAGGGUCAGAGACUCUCUGAUGCAUGUCUUAGUGUGUCUUCAUUUUAUAUCGACCCCCUGUUUUUCAGAUGUGUACUUGCAUGCUUUGUUCUUUUUUAAGUUUACAUUGACUAACAUUUAAUUGUAACCAGGAGAGGAGCAGUACUGCCACAUAAAGCAGAUGGAAAGGAUGGUUAUUUUUUGUCAUCACUGUACUUUGCCUGAAGUGACCUGAGGGUGUGAAAUGUUGGAGUGGAACCAGGUUGGUCACCUGCACAAACCAGCCGGUUCAGGUCCUUGCUCUGUCGAAAAGCUGACUCUGCCACAAGUAACCAAGUCUAUUUUGGCAAUAAAGGAACCUUUCUCGUUCCCCGUUUGAUGGAAUGGUCUCAUCUGUCUCCAGGUCAAUGCUGUGGUGGAAUAGUUUGCAAUCUCCUGACUUGUAUUUGGUGUGUUGUCAACCACUUGUGAACGUCACUCUGUCUGAACCAUAUGGACUGGCCUCAAGGAGGUUGACUAGAAUAAAAUCACUUUCAGUUUACAAA